GUAUGCACCUCUCAUACUCUCAUCUGCUCUCAACAUUCCCUUUUUUCAACACGGUUGAAGUCUAGUUAGUUUUCUUUCCGUUUCAUGCAUCCUUAUUUUUUUCUCAUUUGUAGCAUUUAAUAUAUCUUUGACUGAAUUUUAUAAGUGCAACAACUGUUAUCUUUGUUAUCUUAAAGUUUAAUCGAAUUCAAGAAUAGUUAUGCUUCAACGUAAACCAAACUCUGUUGUGUUGAAUACCGUUCGCUAGUGUUUCAGUGCAUACGUAUUUAUACAUAUAGUGCUCAUAUAUCGAGUAUCGUGUCGCGUAACGUAACGUAACGUAACAUAAAUUGUUAUUUAUUUUCUAUCAAUUUCCGAGAGCUUUGGUAAUUAUGAAUUAAUGAAGGUGUAGUAGCUGGUAGUUACGAUAUGGCUGAGUACCGAUCAGGUUCUUAUUGUGUAUCAUCAGGAGUAGGCAGUGACUCUGAAGUAAUGGCGGAGCUAGCUGCAUUUCUUGGUCAGGAAAUACCCGAAGGAAGGAGCAACCUUGCUGAUAAUCAUAUCAAUUUAGAAAGGGUUGCUGAUUAUUGCGAGGCAAACUACUUCCAAGCAGAAAACAAAAGAAUAGCGUUGGAAGAAACAAAAAACUUUACUACUCAGUCAUUGGCCAGUGUAGCCUAUCAAAUAAAUACACUUGCUUAUAAUUUUUUACAAUUAUUGGAUUUGCAAACAUCUCAACUAGCUAGAAUGGAGAGUCAAAUGAAUCAUAUAGCUCAGACAGUUAUGAUACACAAAGAGAAAGUAGCUAGAAGAGAAAUUGGAGUUCUAACAGCUAAUAAAGUUACGGUACGCCAAUACAAGAUUAUUGCACCAGCAAAUCCUGAGAAACCGAUCAAAUACGUGAGAAAAAGUAUCGAUUAUACGAUCUUGGACGAUAUCGGGCAUGGGGUGCGUAGCGGUGGUACUCCUAGAAGUAAGCAACGUGGCGGUAGCCAGGGUAGCGUUCAGAGUUUAGGCGCAGCUUCUACCGGUUCAGGAUUAGGUGCUGCCAUGGUAGGACCAGCACCUACAACAAAACCACCUACUCCUCCUCAAACAGUAAGAACUGGAACGUUGAGUAAAGGAUCACGAGAAUAUAGAACACCACCAGCGGUUGCUCCACCUCAAGUUCCUAGUCAUUAUGCUCCUAAUUAUCCAUUGGGUCACCCAAGAAGAGAACGCGGCCCUGGUUAUAGUACCUUACCUUUACACGCACAUACCACGUCUCACGCAACUCAUAAUACAAAUCACAAUGCUCAUACCAAUACCUUAACUCAACAUACUUCACCGCCGCAAGUUGGAACCGUUCAUCCAUUGCAAAGUCAUCCUCAAACACCGCCACCGGCACCUCCUAGUGUAACAGCAGGAUAUGUGCAGGAACAACAUAACAGUAUGCCCCCACCACCGUCACCGUUGGUUGGAAUAACAGGUGAUAUGGCGGAUUAUACCGGACAUCAUACUUUACCGCACAGACUAUCGCAUCAAAUCAGUCGAAGUAGUGGUGCAAGUAGCCCACCAUUGCCACCGCCACCACCACCGGAACAAGAAGAACAUCCGCAAUUCGGUAGGCCCACGCCAUCCAGUGGCGCUAUUAUGCCUAUCGUACCAGACGAGGAAGAUUUACCUGGCUGGGUACCGAAGAAUUAUAUCGAGAAAGUUGUUGCAAUUUAUGAUUAUUACGCGGACAAGGAGGAUGAAUUGAGCUUCCAGGAAAGUUCUGUAAUUUAUGUACUAAAAAAGAAUGAUGAUGGGUGGUGGGAAGGGGUCAUGGAUGGCAUAACCGGUUUAUUUCCGGGAAAUUACGUAGAACCUUGUGUUUAAUAAGUUUUACAAUAUUGCAUUUAAAUAUGUAUAUCAAAAUUGUGAAUAGUUCGUAUUCACAAGAAGACUGCAAAUUCAAGGGACACGCUUGAUUCCUUGAUUUUAAUAUGUUAUUUAGUAUUUAAUAAUCGUAAGGUGACAUUUGAUGUAACUGAUUGCUGCAAGAACAUAAAACGGUGCAACAGAGUAUGGUAUGAAAUAUGAUUAAAUAAAUAAUUGUAGAUUCUUCCGAGGGCGGAGAAAAAAAAACACACACACAAGGUCUCAGAUAUCAUGCGAAUUUUUUACAAAUCAAACUAAUCGAUCUUUAUAUCGAUAUAAAAAAAAAAAAGAAGGUAUUUUUUGGUAAAUAGUAUUUCCUUCGGUUGUUUUAUCUGGAUUCCUUACGAAUCAUAUGUAUAUACGAUAAGUAAUCAGCAUAAUGGUAUGCAAUUUACUCUACGAUACAUUAGCUUUUUAAUUAUAUUUAUGUAUUUUAGAUAUAACCGUGGCGAUGUUAGUGAUAGGCUAAUGAAUAAUCAAAAUACCAAACGUCCUUACGUUAUUACGUAAAUAAAAAUUGUAACGCCUUAUAUCGAUCAAGAUUUUGUAUCGUAAAUUACUUGAGGAGGGAAGGGGAAUGUAACACGGUAUCCACUUUACUAUUUUAUUCUUCGUAAAAUGGCAAUAGGAAGAGGUUCGUAACUUGUGGUAAAUACAUAACGUAGGCGUAUCGUUAAA